GGGGGAGAGAGAGAGAGAGAGGGAUAGAGAGUGCUCGACAGUGUGCGGAGGGACAGUGAGGCGCGUGGACUCUGCGGUAUCUGACCUGAAAAAAAAAAAAGAAGAAGAAGAAAACAGCGCGUCUGCUGCUGCUGCUGCUGCUGCUGCUGCUGCUGCUGCUGCUGCACAGAAAAAGAAAAAAAACUACAGCACCUAAACGCACCGGGCCGGGCGGGUUCUCCUCCUCCUCCUCCUCCAGGUGUGUAAGGAGGAGAAAAAUAAUCCUGCAAUAUCGAUCAUUCAUCCCGGAGAUAUCGCGGAGUAAUCUGCAAGCUGCUGACGUGACACGAACUCGGUGUCCCAGUCCUCCACACCGAGGAGACACCGGAGAUCUGCCGAGGCACCGGGACGGGCAGCAGGAGCGCCGUCUGGGUGUUAUUCUCGGGGUUUUGGAGCGGCUCGGCGCCGGAGCCGUCAAAUUGGUGUUUACGCGUCGGAGAGUCGGAGGAGGAGGUGGAGCGGCCGGGGAGGAGAGGACACUCUGGAGCGGGAGUCUUAAGAUCAUUUUUCGGUUUAAAGGGGAUCUGUGUCUCGGGUGUGUUGAUAUCAGAGAAGGAGGAUAAAAGAGGGUCUCUCUCUACCGCCCACCUCCAUCCCUCCUUCCUUCCUUCCUUCCUUCCUUCCGCAGUAACCCUCCUCCCGCUCCUCAGAUGGGUUAACGUCGCUCCGGUCUUCGUGCAGCUCCUCGGAGAGGGGUCCGCUCACACCUGCUCACACCUGCUUACCCCGAUCUGCGGGGGCCAUAUGAUGUAGGAGCCGACCUCCCCCUUUAGUCUCUGCAUCACCAUCCCUUAAUUCUAACCCCCUCCCUCCCCCCUCCCCCCCCCCUCCCCCCCCCUCUCUCCACACACCCACACACCCACCCGUGCAAUCUCGGCCCCCUUUCACCCAGCGUCCCACCAUGCCGGCGGGGAUGAAACCGCUGGAGAAGUUCCUGAAGAAGCAGACCACGGCUCUGACCCGGGCUGGCGGCUUUGUAGGCGGGGUGACGGACAAGGCCAGCGGGGGGACAGGGGCGUCCCGGCGGAGGGCCAGCUUGUCCCGGGUCGUACCGUUCUUCAGAGAGACGUCGCCCGAGAGUGGCCAGGCCCGGGAGGUGUUCAGCCCUGACAGCGAGGACCCCCCCUCGUGGCCCUCAGCCACAGGGACCGGUCUGGUUUCUGUGCCCAGCAGCGCCAACGGUUCUUGCUCGGGCUCCGGCUCGGGCUCCGCCGGAGGAGACGUGCGAAGUCCCUCUCUGUCCAGCGACGAGCAGAGCUCUGAGGCGAGCCUGAUCACAGAGAGCAGCAGCAGCGGGGGAGGGACGCCUCUUCCUCCCGACACGCCAGACAACCUGACGCUCUCCGUGCUGGACAGCGUGGCGGGAAAGCGUCACGCUCACUGCCGAGAAACUCUGCUGGAUGACUUCAUGUUGACACAUCCCAUCUUCCUGACGUCCGACAGGUUCCAGCAAGUUCUGCUGCAGCAAUUCUCUCUUGAGACCGAGGUGAAGGAUGGAGAGGUGAGAGGUGGGGAGAGGAGAGAGAGAGAGAGAGGAGGAGGAGUGGGAGGAGGAAGAAGAGAGGGGGACGAAGAGACAGAGGGGGAGAGUGAUGGAGCGAUGGACGGAGCAGAGAGGAAGCAGGCGGUGCUGAACGUGGCGUUUCGAUACCUGGACACUUACAGAGAGCUGCUGCAGGAGGAGGGCGAGCGCAGCAACAACUUCCCGAAGGAGCUUUACCUGUGUGCGGUUCAGGAGUUGAGUCGGUACCCUGAGCUGGUGGAGGACGUGCUCAAACUGCAGAGAUGGACCGAGAUCUUGCACUGCCCCUCUGAUGAGGAGAAGGAGAGCAGGAAGAAGCAGGUCCGUCCUCUGUUCAGACACUUCAGACGCAUCGACGCCUGUCUGCAACCGCGAGAGGCCUUCAGAGGCUCAGACGAGAUCUUCUGCAGGGUCUACACUCCGGAUCACUCCUACGUCACCAUCAGGAGCCGCCUGUCCUGUCGGGUCGGAGAGAUUCUGGCUCUGGUCCGAGAGAAACUCCAGUACAGUGAAGACCAACCAGUCCUGCCAGGACACCUCAUACUGGUGGCGGUCACAUCUGCUGGAGAAAAGGCAGUGUUUCGUCCCAGUGAUGAGGCCGUGUUCACCACACUGGGAGUCAACACACACCUGUUUGCUUGUGAACCUUCUGAGCUUGACUCUCUGCUUCCUCUUCCCGAGGAGAUCCACUGGACGCCAGGUGACAGUAAACUCCACGACAUGUCGGCAGAGGAGGUGGCCAAUCAGCUGGUGGUGUUCGACUGGGAGCUCUUCAGCUGUGUGCACGAGGUUGAGUUUGUGUGUUACGUCUUUCAUGGCGAGCAGUCUCGCUGGCGCCCGCUGAACCUAGAGCUGGUCCUGCAGCGCUGCAGCGAGGUGCAGCACUGGGUCGCCACGGAGAUCCUGCAGUGUCAGUCUUUACCGAAGAGGGUCCAGCUGCUCCGCAAGUUCAUCAAGAUCGCAGCUCUCUGUAAGCAGCAGCAGGACCUGCUGUCCUUCCUGGCCGUGGUUCUGGGUUUAGACAACCCGGCUGUCAGCAGACUCCGACUCACCUGGGAGGGUUUGCCGGGGAAGUUCAGGAAGCAGUUUCAGCAGUUUGAGAGCACCGCGGACCCGUCCAGGAAUCAUAAGUCCUACAGAGACCUGAUCACCAGCCUGAGACCUCCGCUGAUCCCCUUCACUCCUCUGCUGCUCAAAGAUUUGACGUUCCUCCACGAGAGCUGUAAGACGUUUCACGGUGAACUUGUCAACUUUGAGAAGAUGCAUAAAGUGGCAGAGAUGGUGAGGAUCAUCAGACGAUACAGGAGCAGCCAGCUAGCCAUGGAUACGGAGACAUCCCCCUCCCACCUGCAGACUAAGGCGUACGUCCGGCAGCUGCAGGUGAUCGACAACCAGAACCUGUUGUUCGACAUGUCCUGCAAACUGGAGCCCAAAGACACAUAGAAGAAGAGGAGGGUAGAGAAUAAAGACUGAAGGGGAGGAGGAAGGAGGAAAAGAAAGAAGGAAACGUGUGAAUAAGGUUCAGGAAUAACUCUGACACCUACAAUCUCCUCUUCCUCACAGACCACCUUACCCUCCCUCAUCCCCGACUUCGACUGUGUUUUUAAUGAACUCUUUUCCUCCUCUUCCUCCGUCAUCACUCAGCCAGAAGUCUCAGAAACGAGGAGGGACCUUGAACUCAUCACACAAGAAGUUUUUUUUUUUUACGCUCAGAGUCACUGAAUCAGAUCAGUUUCAUUCUGUGUCGAACAUUUUUCAUGUUCACCUGGAGUUCGUCCACCUGAAACAUUAUUGGAACUUUUUUUUCAAGGGUUACUGGACGUAUUUGACACUUCAGGAAAGAACAAUUGAAGACAGCUGAUUCCUCGACAGCAACUCAAAACGUGACAUGAGGAUAAGAUGGCUGAUGCAGGCGGGAGACGGCGUGUCGCUCUGUGGCGUCUCGGAUGAGUGAAUCGGAUUUUUCUGAUUGAUUUACUAACAGACAGAAGAAGCUGAAAGGACACAAAUCACAAGAAUUGAAAACAACUCCGAGGGGGAAAUCCGGAAACGUUCUAACAUGCAGCCGUGUGAGCAAAAUGAUGCAGAAUGUAUUUUUUUAUACAAAAUGUUGUUUAUCAUUUAGAGGAAGUUUAGACUUUAAGGAUCCCCCAUUCAUUUAAAUAUUCCAUCAACACAUGAAUAUGGAAGCUGAAAGGCUCUAAAUCAGAUCUUAUUUCCUCGUGUUAUUUAUUUAUUAUGGCUCCUAAUGAAUCACAAGCAUUUUGAUUAAUUACUUGUAAAAAAAAAACACUGCACGUCAUCUUCUGUGAGGAGUUUUUGUGAUAGCUCUAUAUGACCAUCAAAAGCAAAUGAAAGCAUCAGGGAGAAUAUUUAUUUAUUUUUGUUAAAAUGAUUUAUAUACCUGCAGCAGCGUGAGUCAUACGAGAUCCAUUUUCCUGCUUUGUCCACAGGGGGCGCCAAAAUCAACACAAACUGAAAUUUCCUAACAAGAGCUUAAACUCUCCAUCCUGAAACAUCACUGAGUGUAGAACCAUCCACAGCAGCUUUUCAACACGAUGGAAGCAGAUCAUAAACCUGCCUCUGCUUUUCAUUUGUAUCUGUCUGAGACACCCAGACGGAUACACUUGACGGCACUAUUGUACAUUAUCACACACCAUGUCCUCCACCUUAAAGGUUUUAAGCAAAUAUAAAUUCACUCAAACCUGCCGAUCAGGACAGCGGAAGAAGAGGUCACAGGAAUUCGAGCUCUGAUGUUUUCUUCUGUGUUUGUAGUUCUGUUUUUAAAGCUGGUGAUCGGCAGAUUUCCAAUACAAAGAAACUGCCUGAAAUCAAAUAAUUGCAUCACUCACGUCAUUCACAUUGAUUGGAGCUUUAAGGUGGAAAUCGCUUUGUAUGCAAAAGGAAAGACUCUUCCAGAAUGAAGAGCGUUUGCAAACAAAACGUGACAGAGCUGCUGUGACAGAUCGUUUUAUCUACCCUUAACAAGAACACUUGACUUGUUAGACCGAUCUGUCUGCUCUGUUUUUGCUCACACGCUGCAUGUUCAGAGAGGAUGGUGAAGAAACGGUCCCGAAAGAGACGUUGAGAUUGAUUGAUUUCGCCUGACUCUGUAAACCUGCGGUCGUGCUGAAAGAUCAAAUCAAACCUCAAACUGACGUCGCCUCAUCCGGAGUGUAAACAUUGGCAAAAACACGAGAAACGGAGCUGACGGUAAAAGUGACAUGACAAAGAAGAAGAAGAAGGAGGAGAAAUGAAAAGGUUACAUCAUGUUUCCACAUUUCCUGCACUUUCCCUCCUCCUGUGGCGGCUGACCAAUCAGAUUGCAGACAAUCUGACCACAGUCGGGCAGAUGCAAUAUGCCGCUUCUACAAGAGGACGUGUGAACAUGUGAAUCCACGCAGCAAAUAGAGAUAGAUUCUCAAGCAUCAAACGGCCGACUGGUUCAUCCCACGUUCUGUUUGAGAGCGAAUUCAAGCCGCCAUGUUUACGUGUCAGAACGACAACUUGCAGGUGGAGAAAAUGUUCACGCCAGAGGAUGUAAAAUCGGACGAAUCCCUCAGUUUCAAAGACGAGAAAAUGUGGAUUCAUGCCAUGAUUUUUUUUUUUUUCCUCCAGGACUUUUUUCCACUGACUCCUGGUGUGCAUAUCAAAUCUCUGCAGGAACAUACAAACAAGUCACAUGACGGUGAAACAUCGUGGGAACCGUUUCGACCACAGGUGUGACCACAUUUCAGGUGACACUCAGAAAUCUGCCAUCGCCGUUUUAAAGCUGGAUAUAUUUUUCCUUUUACGUCGGAGGACACAGCAGAUCUUGUUAUUGAUCAGUGUCUGCUCUCACAGGUUUCUUUCAUUGUGUCUGCGGUUUACAUCCGAGGUUUGUGCCCUCCGACCUCGGACAGUCCUCACUAAAAUCAGACACUUCUUUCUUUACGCUCCCUCAUUUAACCUUUGCAGUGGCGAUGCGUUCACUUGCAGCGUCUGCGACAGACUUAUGGACAGUUGUGAGACAUGGUCACGGUGCGUUCAAGGACUCAGAUCACAUGAAAGGACUUGUUGGUGGAGGACAUUUGUCUUGCUGGAUCAGAGUGUGUAGAUGCUGGUUUUCUACCAAACGUGAUCUCAGUGUCAGUCGGAAGAUGUUUUCUGAUUUUUAUUUCAGGACUUGAAUGAAAAACAAAUGUCGGUCGUCUCAGAAAGGUUGGAAAAUUCACGCCAAACUCCCUUUAAAGGACUAUACUGCUGAUUUGGUAUGUUUAAACCAGUUUACUACACAUCAUAUACACAAUACAUCCAAACCACAACACGGCGGUUCAUAAUGCCCAGUUUUUCAGUGAAGAACAGACAGCCACAGGUGUCACAUCAUUUCUACACAAAACAAACACAUAAGAAAUUUCUCAUCAGAUGUUAAGCCUAUACAUCAUGCAAUACGUUUACAAUACGUAUAUGUUUGUGGACUUUGGUGAUCGCCAAUUUGGUUUCUUGGAGCCAGAAAUGACUGUAUUUUGAAGAAAGUUUAGAGCAAAGGAUGGUUUAGCAAAUGCUAUGUUUGCAGCUAAUGCUAGCACUAGCUUAGUUAGCGAGGUGACAUAGUGACAUAUCUUUUUUUUUAAUGUCCAGCAGGAUAAUUCCGGCACCUUUACGUUUGCUUUAAAUUUUGCAACCUAAGGAUUCAUUCAUUCAUUUGGAUAUGCAGUCUAGUAUAUGAUAAUGUGUGACCUUUCCGAAUAGACUUUCAUAUUUUUGUAAUCCAGUGAAGUUGCCCCCUGCUGGACAUUAGACAAAAUGCAGGUUUAAGACAAACUGCUCCAUUCUAUGAAAACCUUGAGGCUACAUCCACUUCUUUAAUGCAGUCUAUCUAUGUUCUAGUUCAAAACUCUGUCGAACAAAAAGAAGAGCACAUUCAAACCAAAGUUAGCGCCACCGUCUGUUUAUUACAGGAAUAAUGUCAGAAUAAAAAGUAAACCAGACCCAACUGGAAAGUGAUUCUGGUUUAUUUGAAAAUGUUUCAGUUGACCCUUAAACUCUCUUUCCCUUGAUUAUUAUUGGUAGAUUUUAAUCAGGACACCUGUGGCUAUGAUAGACCGAUGCUUUUUAAAGCAGAUUGUUUUUUUGGAAUUUGCCUUGACAACUUAAUCUCAAAUGCUUUUACAACACUUGAUUCUUUGAUGUAAAUGGUUUAAACAUGCAGAAACAAACGGGUAUGGCCCUUUAAGAAAGUGACUGAAAAUGAUCACUUUUGAUUGGACUGAUCAUAAAACAGCAGCCAAUCAGCUGUGUUUACAGGAUGACAUCACACCAGAGAGGAAACAAAAAUACAAAAAGUGGACAAGAAUUUUUUUUCUGCGUUUGUAUCUUACUGCUGUCACAUUUAAACGACCAAUCAGCUCAAAGGAAGGACCAGAUCACGCCCACAGAGCUGCCCUGCCAUCGGUCGGGUUCAGCGAAUGGGCGGGUUUGAAGGUCCGCGGCAAUAACAGAGCGACAGAAAGUGAAGCUGGUUGGUCAAUUUAUCGCCGCAACGAAGCACUUUUGCCAAACCUCAGGGCUCAGAGACACAGAGAGGUUUUGUUUACUCUUUAUUCUAGGUUUUCAGUCGGUUCAGUUGAGUCCAGUUGUGUUGCGAUCAAUUGGUUCUGUGUUUGUACAGCUGAUCACACUUGAGUCAUAUUUACUACAAUAAUAGAAAUCUAAAGAGAUGUUGUUUUAUUGCUGUGAUCACCUCCAGGAGUCCACCUUGCUCACAAUGAAACGUUACUUUAGUUUUUUGAGUCUGAGCCGUCUGCACUGUAAAAAAAAUCUGAAAUCAUUUUGUCUGAGCUUUAAUCUUUAAACAAUGAAGGUUCAACAAAGUGCGCGCUAUUACACACCGGGAAGACUACAGGGAUAUGUUUUACAAACCAGACAGAAACAGCUGCGAGUCAGGUCUUAUAUAAUUUAUUAAUUCAGCUUUUUAAUUUGUGAAAGAACAAAUGUAUUUAUUUUCUCUUAAUUCACAUAAAAUUAGAUUGAAGGAUCAGGCUCAUGACAAAAUGAUUUAGAAUCAGAUGUUUUUGCAGUUCACUGAAGAGUUUCAUUCUUACAUCUUUCAAUGAAAAUAUGUUCGUUUCAUUUUUAUCUUCUACCUUUUCAGCAGCUGCUUGGAGUAUUUAAAAACCCAUAAAGUUAAAUAAUAAAUUCAAUACUUUGGGGAAAAUCACUUCAUAUCAAAUGUAAAGUCUAUCUUGUGUUUAUUAUCUGAUAUUUACCAGAUAUUUAGUUGAUUUUCGAUCAUUUUUUCAGUAAGAUGUCCAGUAGAUGUUCAGAUUCUGUGGGGUGAAUGAAACUCUUCAGUGUUGGGAUGGUUCACUUGUUUGUAAAAAUGAACUUAAAGAUGUAAAUGGUUUGAAAAUGUUUCUCUGUGCUCAUUUCUGGUGACCGGUGAGACUUUUUUAUCAUUCUCCAUUUGUACCAUAACAUCCUGUUCGUAUAAACCUGAGUGAGGAUGAUCCUGUCCAGAAACAAGUCCACAAGUUCAUGAGUCCUGACCGAGUCACAUGGAGACACUCGCUCAUAUCCGACUCAACGAGUUAAACUAUAUUGAUGUCUUUUUUUAUGUAGUUUUGAAAUCAGACACAAAGCAUCAAUCUUAUUGUUUACACUCUUAAUCUGUAAUCACACAGAAGAAGUUGUUCUUUUCAUUUGAUAAUAUAAAAUAUAGUUGUAAAUUAAUAGUCAGACUUUUUCCUUACAUGGUUACAUUACAUUGUUCCUGUCAUGUUUUAACAUGAGAUCGCUGAUUCGAGGUAAACUCAGGACAGUAACUCAACAGGAUUUUGAAAAACAUGAUGUGUGAAAUGCUUGAUUCUGGACAGGACAAAAACUGCAAAACGUCUCUUUUUUUAACAAGACCUUAUAUCUGAUUAUUAAGUCUUAAAACCUUUUUUUUUUUUUUUUUAACUCAAAACAGACAAAACUCUUCUGAAUUACCAAGAACAAAAGCUUAAUUUCAAAACUGCUGAAAACUGAAUUCCAAGUUUAGACACUGGAAAUGUUCAACUCCCAGGAACAUGAGUACAAACCAAUAAUUUAAGUUUGGGUUUAUCUCCAAAAAACAGAAAGUUUAGAGUUCCCAAUUUCACUCCCCAAAUUUGGUCUUUUAAAAAAGUUUUCUUGAAAAAACAGUUAAAACACAGAAUGUCCCAUAUUAGAAACCCCUUACAAGUCCAAAUUCCCAAAGGAACUAGUGUUCCCAAGAAAAUAAGUAAGCCUUAAAGCCAUCAUAAACACUCAACUGUCAUCAGCAUAAGGUCGAACUUUCAAGAACAAUUAUUGAAAUCCCCAAGAACACAGACUGAACUCUUUGCGACAAAGCUAACGUCCUAAGACCAAACUUCCAAGACAAGCUUUUUAAGCUUUCAAGAACACUUGUAGACAAUUGAAACGCAAAUGACUCAAAAAGUGUUUAAUCUCCAGAGAUGACAAUUGGCGAAAUCAAGACUCUUCAGAUUUUUACAUUUUGCCUGAUUUUAUUUUUUCCAGGGCUCUGUAUUUAUUGCUCAAGGUUUUGUUGAAGCAGAGAUGUUUGCAGUUGUUUGGUCGGGUAGAAAGUGUGGAACCCAGCGAAGAUUUCAUCAUCACUAGUCUGCCAGUGGCUCUCUCAGGACCACUUCCUGGGUGUCGGGCGCUUUAUUAUGGAUCCCAUCGUAGUUCUGGGCAGAAACAAAAGUCCAGAAUCCCACAUGUCUCUAAUAUCAACCUGAUUAAAACAUUCUUAGGUUCGAACAAAAGUAAACAGACCAAACCUUCAGACCAAUCACAGAUUCUGCCUGAAAUUCAGCUGGGAUGCAUAAUUAUCGUAAAUGGGCGGCCUCUUGGGUCGAGGCUGUCCGCAGUGUCGCCUGUUUGAAACACUGAAAAAAUUAAAUGUGUACAUAGUGCAACCCUGUAAAUAAGCAAAUACUAACGGAGACUCUAUUUUAUGUAUGAGCUGAGAGAGAGAGUGAAGCUAACUUAAGGAGAAGUAUUUGAUUUGACGUUUUUUUUUUAUUUGUAGAAGUGAGAGAAAGUGUACAGCAAUGACAGAAAGAGAAAGAAAUGAUGAUGAAUUUACGACUUUAUGAAUUGUACAGUUGAAUAUCUUUGGUUUGAUUGUUUUUUUGUUUUCUAUAUAAAGCUUGGGGUUGUUUCUGUUUGUUUUUUUGUACAGAAGUGGUUGUUUACAUCCAAACAAGUCCUUAUUUCUGUCAAUGGCGGACAGGCGAUGUGAUUGGGGCAGAGGCUUUGGAGGAGGUGGGGCCUGGGGGGAAAAAUUCAGGGAAAAAAUAACAGAUAGUGAAAACGUGAGCUAGUACGGACUAAUUUCAUCUAAGAGGGAGUUCAACAUUUACUAUUUAAAGAAAAUAAAAUAAGAAUCAGGAUAAAUAUUUUGAAGGCCAUAUUUGUUAAAGACAAAAAAGGGAAGAAAAAGUUGCAAUUUCAAAAUCAAAAUGUCCCAAUAUUUUAAGAUUAAAAGAUUAAUAUUUUGUAUCUAUCAUCAACUAUCAUUAGCUGUAUCAAUUUGGCUAUUUAAAAACCUGAAAAGGGGAUAACAGUGAUUUUCUUUCCAUUUCUAUUGAAGUGUUGCCCUUAAUAUUGCCAUAUUCCUUCCCAUUCUGCCAGAGUAACAGUAUUUUGAAUUAAGACAGAUAUCUCAUAAUAUCACACACCAAGAAAAGUGUUACGACAGAUGUCUUGAAAUCUGACAUAGAUUCGGUCUCGUCACCUCCGGACUCUCUGCUCCCGCUGCUAUCGCACUACAGACACUGAAAUAAAACCUCUGGACAACAACAACAACAACAACA